AUGGGAUACCCGGGCAGAGCAGCCAGAGGAUGGAAAGGAUGGACGCUCCUGGUUUGGGUCGCUGCUCUCAGCUUUGUCGUCGCAGAUGGACGGAGAGUGAGGCAGGCCAGGUGUCCCACUGGAUGUACCUGCACCAAAGACAAUGCCCUGUGUGAGAAUGUCCGAUCCGUGCCUCACACUUUCCCAUCCGACGUCGUCUCACUAUCUUUUGUCAAGUCUGGAUUUAAUGAAAUCGUAGGAGCAAGCUUUGUUCACACGCCUGCCCUGCAACUGCUAUUGUUCACAGCAAAUUCAUUGGACCUAAUUGAUGAGGAUGCGUUCCUGGGUUUACCACAUCUUGAAUACCUAUUUAUUGAGAAUAACAAAAUUGCAUCGAUAUCCCCAUAUGCUUUCCGGGGCCUGAAAGCGCUGAUACAUCUAAGUCUGGCUUACAACAACCUUGAGACACUGCCAAAAGAUGUUUUCAAGGGCAUGGAAGCUUUGACUAAAGUGGAUUUACGUGGCAACAACCUGAUUUGCGACUGCAAGCUCAAGUGGUUGGUGGAGUGGAUGCACCACACUAACGCCACCCUGGACCAGAUCUACUGCAGCGGUCCACCCCUUCACCAGGGGAAGAAGAUCAAUGACCUGCUGCCACACUCUUUCGACUGCAUCAUAGCAGAGUUUGCCUCCUAUCAGUCGCUGAAGUUUGAGUCCAUUUCGGUGGGGGCCUUCACCUUUAACGAGGAUCAGUACGUCGUGUUUGCCCAACCGUUUGCUGGGACGUGCAGCUUCCUGGAAUGGGAUCACGUCGAAAUGACCUUCAGAACUUACGACACCAUUGAAAGCACCUCCACUGUGGUCUGCAAGCCCAUGGUGAUUGACAACCACCUCUUUGUCAUCGUGGCCCAGCUGUUCGGGGGCUCUCACAUUUACAAACGAGACACCUCCGCAAACAAGUUCAUCAAGAUCCAGGACAUUGACAUCCUGAAGAUCCGCAAACCGAACGACAUUGAGACGUUCAUGAUUGACGGAGAGUCUUUCUUUGUCAUCGCUGACAGCUCUAAGGCGGGCUCCACAACAGUGUACAAAUGGAACGGCAAUGGCUUCUACUCCCACCAGUCACUCCACCCGUGGUUCCGUGACACAGACGUAGAACAUCUGGAGAUCUCCAACAAACCCCACCUGAUCCUGUCCAGCAGCUCCCAGAGACCAGUUGUCUACCAGUGGAACCGGAGCCAGAAACUGUUUGAACGAAGGACUGACAUUCCAGACAUGGAGGACGUCUUCUCUGUCAAACACUUCCGGGUCAAAGGUGAGAUGUUCAUUUGCUUGACAAGAUUCAUCGGGGACUCCAAGGUGAUGCGCUGGGAUGGUGCCAUGUUCAAGGAGGUCCAGACAUUUCCUUCCCGUGGCUCCAUGGUGUUCCAGCCCGUCUCCAUCGGCAACUGGCAGUAUGCCAUCUUGGGCAGCGAUUAUUCACUGACGCAGGUCUACCAAUGGGACACCGAGCGGGGCCAGUUUGCCCCAUCUCAGGAGCUGAAUAUCCAGGCGCCUCGAGCAUUUUCUGUGGUUUCCAUUGACGACCGCGUGUUCCUGCUUGCUUCCAGCUUCAAGGGGAAAACUCAGAUAUACGAGCACCUCAUGAUCGAUUUGAGUACUUAAACUCCUCGUCUAAUUUGGGAUAAAUUAUGUACACUAGCAUUCAAAUGCUCUCUUAUGUGAUUGUGUUGAACUUAUCAGUCUCGUUAGAAUCCACCAGCAAUUUCCACCUAGGUUUAAAGAAAACAGAGUUUCAAGCAGAAGCUCAAACCAUCUGAAGAGGUAUUUCAAAUACAGUUCAGGACCAGUAGGUUGAGAUUAAGUGGUUGAGUAGAUGAAGUUUAUUUUAAGAGGUCUGACAUAAUUUCCAUUACACUGAAAAUAUAUUCUACACAGUCCCUGAUGCCUAUGUUUGGCAACCAGCUGCCACUACUUCAUUUUGAUAACUCCUUCUAUAUUCAUCUUGAUUCCUCUGAAUUUGGAAAUGCCUUAUUCCCAUUUGAAAAAAAUGUAGUGCGAACCGACUAUCUUUCAGGAAAAACAAGCUAUGAACUCACUACUUUUGUCUUUUAUUCAACCAUGCAGGUGUUCUUGUAGUAAGUAAACAUAGUGUUAAUGUUUCUUCAUUUUAACUCCAUGCAUUUUUAUUUCUAUUGUAGGAAUUUGAUAGGAAAGAUUAAGCUGUUUGGUAGUGCUAAUGAUCAUGCAAUAAUAGGCAAAUAGGGAAACAUUCUUGAGGGAGAGGUGUUCAAGUUCAGGUGGUUUCUUUUGUAUAGAAAAACUACGAACAAAAAAAGAAAACUUUUCUUCAUCUAUGCCUCUUUUAUUUAACAAAGAAUUUCAGGACAGUUUACUUCAAAGUAAAAUGUAAUUACAAGAGAUUAUUCACAAUGGAGCAUAUGGGGACGUUGUAUGCAGGAAAUGGGUCAUAUGACUCAUCGGUUUCAAAGUCUGGGUUGUAAGAUAGCUUGAAGAAGAUUUAGUUUCAUGAUAAUGUAACAGAAGCAGCAACGUGGUUGGAAAGGUCAGGGGUAGCUUGUUACUAUAAGACAUGAGCUUGAAAAAUAUUUCAAGCUUCCAACCAAAUGUGGGUACAAUUUGAACUACUUAUUGAGGUUUAUGUACAUUCCUUCAGCCCAAUUUGGUAGCUAGUCAACCUAUCAGUCUUACCACUUAAAUAAGUGAUCCUAAUACACGAAAUGUAUCCACUAAACACUGUGAGAAACUGAGACAAACACCUUCUCUGUCCUUUCCACUCUAUGACCAUCAGUAAAGCAAGACUGCAGGCUUGACGCAGACACUCAUAGUGUUGAUUCCUGAUGAAUGACUCGCUAGAAGCGUCCCACUGUGUCCCCUAGUCCUCUUUCACUGCACUCUUGCCCCUUUUCUCCCUCAUUGACAAAACCAUUGUUGUCUUUACUCCGUCACUAAAAAAAAGCCAACCACUGUGCAGCACCUGGUACCUGUGCUUUCACACGGUCCUCUUAUUCUGACACAAAGGAAACUGAAUUUGGAUAACAAUUAACAACUUCACCGAUUUGCCAAAUAUAAUGUUUACGUUUUUACAACAAGGUGUAAAAUAAUUUAUACGAUAUUGCUUUUGUAUGUAGAGGGGACCACACUCUUGUGUUUUAUUUUUUCAUAGAUAUAGAAGUUAGUGUAGAUAUGUAUCACCUCCUGAAACGCUGUGUAACGUGCUACUUCGGCAAAACAGUGUAGGCUUACUUGUGUCAGUCUAAUCGAAGUGUAGACCUACUUGUGUCAGUCUAAUCUAGUUAGGUAAAGGAUAGAGGAUAAUAGCCAUUCAUUUGUCAUCUUGCUCAUUGUAUUUUAUGUACAGCA